AUGUAUCUAUCUAUGUCUUCAUAUCUACUGAUCUAUCAAUAUUUCUGUCUACCUAUCAAUUUUUUGAUAUCUAUCUAUCUAUCUAUCUAUCUAUCUAUCUAUCUAUCUAUCUAUCUAUCUAUCUAUUUUUUCAUAUACAUCUAUCAGUUUCAUCCUAUCUAUCUUUUUCUUCAUAUGUAUGGAUCUAUGAAUUUAUUCAUAUCUGUCUAUUUCUUCACAUCUAUCUAUCUAUCUAUCUAUCUAUCUAUCUAUCUAUCUAUCAGUUCGCGUCAUGGAUCAAAGGCGAGCGAUUCAUAUCUAUCUAUCUAUCUAUCUAUCUAUCUAUCUAUCUAUCUAUCUAAGUCUGUUAUAUAUCUACCUAAAUCUAGUCAUAUCUAUCUAUCUAUCUAUCUAAUCAUAUCUAUCUAUCUAUCUAUCUAUCUAUCUAUCUAUCUGUUUAUAUCAAUUGAAAGAUUGUCAUAUCUAUCUAUCUAUCUAUCUAUCUAUCUAUCUAUCUAUCUCUAUACAUAUAUAUAUAUAUCAAAGUCUGUUUAUAUCUAUCUAAAUCUAGUCAUAUCUAUCUAUUUCGACUUUCGAGCAAGACUACAGGGAUUCCAGAAACGCGAUAACGAGGUGAAGAAGCAAAGAACUUGGCAGAAGUCCAAGCCGUCUGUCGAGAGACCGAAAUUGGUCACACGGCUGUCAAACCGAGAUUUGCCGAGAAAAAUAUGUUCAUUUUUAUGA